AUGUCAGAUCUCGAGGAAUUUCACUUGUCAAACAGAGAAGACAAGAACGACGACAAGGAGCUCACUAGUUCUCAAAAGCACCAGUUACAGGAACAACUGCCAGGAGCAGUAAGAACCUUCAAGGAAGCCAUGCUUCAGCAGACAGUCGACCAAGGAAUUCCUGCAGAUAACCUACGGUCUAUAAUGCAAUCACGGAGAGCACAGAGCAAAAGGAAACGCGCAAUUUUAAAGGGCCAAUUCCACAGAACUACGGAGGAAUUACGCUCCCAAGUCAUCGAGGCCGAGGAGGCCACCCAACAGAAAGCGACCACCAAAGGCAAGACAGCGACAAAUAUCACUGUACCCGACCAAACUAAGGAUGUCGAGGAGGAAGAUGACCCAGAAUAA